AUGCCCUAUCUCAGACGCUGUCAAAACGGCUUCCGUCUGCCCGAAGGCGCUGAGGGUAAUUCCGAUCGCUCGGGUGACGGGAACUUUCUUUUUUUCCAUAGAGAAGGAUCUGCGGCACGGCCGUGCAUAACGAUGAGUCAAAGAAAAAUAUCGCUUAGAAAAGUAUAUAAGCACCACCUGGGUCGCCCUGUUUUCAAACUCAUCAUCAAACAACAACAACCACCACUUGAAACAAUGUCUGCUACCACCAUGCCUGCCACCACCCAAAUCAAGCUCACCGGUGCCGCUAAGGAAGCCGCCAUCAUGCAAGAAAUCAGAGCUCUGCAAAAGCCCACCGCUCCCGCCGUCGCCCUGUUCAACUUCUUGGGUUCGUUCUUCAACGUUGGUUUCAAGAACUAA